CGUACGUGAGACGCCCCGGUUUAUGGUAAAAUCGCUAUGAUGUCAUCGAUGGCGUCAGUUAGCUGGUACACCCAUAAUACUUUCUACUUGUGUGUGUGUGUGUGUGUGUGUGUGUGUGUGUGUGAGUGUGUGUGUGUGCAUGUUGUGUGCAUGUUGUGUGCUCACACGCAGGGUGCAUGCGGCUCCAGCUGGGCGUUCAGCACAACCGGCUCCACCGAAGGCCAGCACUUCAAGAAGACUGGCAACCUUGUCUCGCUGUCCGAGCAGGACCUGAUUGACUGCAACCAAAAGGAGGCUGAUCGUGGCUGUGGCGGAGGUUUCAUGGACCAUGGCUUCAAGUACAUCAUCGAGAACCACGACAUUGACACAGAGGAGAGCUACCCUUACACGGCCAAGGCCGGUACAUGCCGCUUCAAGGAGUCGCACGUCGGCGCCACCCUCACCAGCUACAAGGACAUGCUGCCGCGCAAGUCCGAGAGCGCCCUGCAGGAGGCUGUUGCCUCGGUUGGCCCAGUGUCGAUUGCCAUCGACGCCUCAUCGACGUAUUUCCGCUACUACAAGCACGGAGUCCUGAUCGACAGCAAGUGCACCAACGCUUACCCGAAUCACGCUGCCCUGGUUGUCGGCUACGGUGUUGAGGAAGAGCAGGACUACUGGCUGGUCAAGAACACCUGGAGUACCAGCUGGGGAGACAAUGUUGCAAAAGAAGGAUCCACGAAUCAUUUCAGUAGCAGACAUAUGAAACGCUACGCCGGGCCUGAGCCCGAGGCAAUGUACGGACGUGGCCGUGCUGCACUGAACCGCGUGGCAUUAUCGUCACGUAUGAUGGAGUCAACAUGA